AUGGCCGAGGCGGCGGCGGCGGCUUCACCGACGCCCGACGCAGCCGGCGAGGACACGCUCGUCCAGUUCAUCAUACUUCGCCGCGACCUCCUCAAGACGAUGGAGUGGCCGGUGGGCUCGGUGGUCGCGCAGGCGUGCCACGCCUCGCUCGCUGUCAUCUGGGAGAACCGCGCUGACGCCUCGGUGGCAGCAUACUUGUCUCCAGAGAACAUCGCGUCGAUGCACAAGGUGACGAAAGAGGUCAAGGGCGAGCCUCAGCUCCUCACGCUUGCCGAGAAGCUGCGCGCAGAGGGCGUAGUGCACAAGCUGUGGGUGGAGCAGCCGGAGAACAUCCCGACGGCCAUCGCGCUCAAGCCCUAUCCGCGCAGCGAGGUGGCGCCAUUGCUCAAAAAGUACCAGCUCUUCAGGUGA